GCCCCGCGCCGCGCCUCCGGUGGUCUCCGCCGGCCGCGUGGUCUCGCCGAUUCGGACGAGGCUACCUUUCACAGUGAGAAUCAACCAUAGGCAGCGCAGCGAACUGUUUGUCGGCGUGCAUUGCCUUAUUCCGAAAUCUGAGGCAGAUCCUUGAGUCAACAAAACCGCCCUGGCUGCUGCGGAAGAUGGUCGAUGACACGGACUCUAGUCACAGGUUCAUCGGCAAUAUGGAGAUUAUUGACCUGUGUUCAGAUGGUGAAGACGAUACUAAACCGUGUUCAGACGUCACUCUUUUGGGCUUAGACAGAAAAGAAGAUAUUGGUUCUGAUGAUCCUAGUGACGGCGUUGACCGUUCUCUUGUUUUAUUCAACACUCCAUUUGGCAAGAACAAUGAUAAGCAACCAAUCAGUUUGGAUGAUGAUGAUUGGUUUAAAAGCACCCACGCUGCAUCCGCUUUAUUCAACACUCCAUUUGGCAAGAACAACGAUAAGAAACCAAUCAGUUUGGAUGAUGAUGAUUGGUUAAAAAGCACGCACGCUUCAGCCUCUUAUAGAUCUCCGGCUGUUUCAUCACACAGGAUCUAUCCUCUCUCAAGUUCCUCGGUGAUGCUACAUGAUUCCCCCUAUAGUGACAGCCUGAAGAUUUUGACUGAUAAUGAUGAUGAUGAUAUCUAUAUGUAUUCGGCUCAGCCUCAAUCAUUUCCAACCAGGCAUUCAUCAGUGAGUGACAAUGGGGUCAAGGAUGAGCCUAAUUAUUUUGGAAGAAGUGCUGCUAAUGGAGGUGGGAUGUUUUCUUCAUCAAUGCCUUUUGCUAGUGGCUGCCAGAAGGUCGAAACUGAUAGCGAUGACGAUGAUGUCUACGAAUAUGAAGGACCGAGUUCACAUACGACCUUUCCUUCGUCAAUGAAUUCAGUUGAUGGUACUGAAGGUUUUAAUGGAUUUGGCACACAAAGCCAUCCAAAUGUAGAAAGUAGACCUUCUGGUCGUGAUGAAAGAUCUAUAUAUGAAGAAGCCCUACAGCAUAUCAGCCAGGAAACAAAGGAAGAAGAUCUGCCUGAAGGUGUUAUGUCAGUAUCACUCCUUAAGCACCAGAAAAUAGCAUUAGCUUGGAUGCUCUCCAAGGAGAAUAGUUCACAUUGUCCAGGUGGAAUUUUAGCGGAUGAUCAGGGGCUUGGGAAGACAAUAUCCACUAUUGCACUUAUACAAAAGGAGAGGGCUCAGCAGUCUAACUUCAUGUCUGCUGAUUCCGACCGUAAAAGUUCUGUCUCAUUAGACCUUGAUGAGGAUGAUACAAUGAUAAUGAACAAGAAGGAAAUCAAGGGUGAACCCUCAGAUAGGCUUUCCUCCAAUCUUGAGCUCUGUGCUGGUCGGUCAGGGGCUCCUGUUAAUAGAAUGGUCAAGGCUGUUAAAGUUGAGCCCAAGAAGAAGACCGGAAUGAAAUUACCAUCCUCUGCAUCAACCUUGAGGUCUGCUACAAGACCAUCUGCAGGAACACUGGUAGUCUGCCCAGCUAGUAUUCUUAAGCAGUGGGCUAGUGAGAUCUCUGCCAAGGCUACUGAAAGUUCCAAAUUAUCUGUUUUGGUCUAUCAUGGAGGUUCAAGGACUACAGAUCCAACUGAGUUGGCAAAAUAUGAUGUUGUCAUAACCACAUAUACUAUUGUAGGCAAUGAAGUGCCCAAGCAAGACUCGGAUGAUGAUAUGGAGCAAAAGAACAGUGAAAAGUAUGGGAUUUGUCCAGAUUUUGCUGCUGGCAACAAAAGGAAACUGCCAAAAGAGACCAAGAAAAAGGCAAAUAAGAAAAAGAAACUUAACAGUUCAGACGCUGACAUUGAGGCUGGCCCACUUGCCAGGGUACGAUGGUUUAGAGUUGUGCUUGAUGAAGCUCAAACAAUAAAAAAUCACCAGACUAAAUCAGCUAGAGCCUGUUGUGGACUGAGAGCAAAAAGAAGAUGGUGCUUAUCGGGUACACCUAUGCAAAAUACAAUCGACGAUCUCUAUAGCUAUUUCCGCUUUUUGAAGUAUGAGCCGUAUUCUGUAUACGGAUCGUUCAAGUCGAUGAUAAAGAACCCAAUUUCUAAAGGUUCAACUCAGGGAUAUAAGAAACUCCAAACUGUCUUGAAGAUAGUUCUGCUGCGGCGCACAAAAGAAACACUACUUGAUGGAGAACCAAUCAUAAAAAUACCUCCAAAGACAAUUGAGCUGAAGAAAAUAAAUUUCACACAAGAGGAGCGAUAUUUCUAUUUGGCUCUUGAAGAAGGUUCUCGGCAAAAGUUCAAGAAAUUUGCUGCUGCUGGGACGAUAAAACAAAACUACGCAAACAUUCUUGUAUUGCUGCUGCGGCUUCGGCAGGCUUGUAAUCACCCUUAUCUUCUGAAGGAUGAUAAUCAUGCAAAUUUGACCAACCCGGCUUCCAUAGAAAUGGCAAAACAGCUUCCUAGGGAAAUAGUGAUGAAUUUGCUGGAACAUUUGGAAGUACGGAAUCCAACUUGUUGCAUAUGCGUGAAGCAGGGAGCGGAAACGUUUUCAAAAGAAAAGGAGCCACCUGAAAAUGCUGUGAUAACAACAUGUUGCCAUAUUUUCUGCUACGAAUGUGUACUUGAAAGCUUAAGUGAAGAAGAAGUCUGCCCUGUUUGCAAACAGAAACUAAGCGCUGAAUUGGUUUUUUCACGUCCAGUAUUGAGGCUCUGUCUCUCUGAUGAGUUGGAGUCAUUUGCAGCAUCUGCAGCAGUAGAUGAAUCAUCUGCAGCAGCAGCAGAUGAAUCGUCCUCAAUUUGUGAAAAAAGUUACAUAUCCUCAAAGGUCCAGGCUGCUGUCGACACGCUUAACUUAAUCUUCAACACACAUGCCCUUACUGAUAGUGAUUCUAUCGAAUCAAGUCCAAGCAAAGUAGCUCCUUCUAAGGCAAUAGUCUUCUCCCAGUGGACUGGUAUGCUGAACGUGCUGGAGCUUUCACUGAAUAGCAAUCUUAUAAACUUCCGGAGGCUUGAUGGGUCAAUGUCCCUCGAUGUCAGAGCAGCAGCAGUGGAGGAGUUUAAGACUGACCCAGAGGUAAGAGUAAUGCUCAUGUCCCUGAAGGCUGGUAAUCUUGGUCUAAACAUGAUUGCGGCUUGCCAUGUGAUUAUGCUUGAUCCCUGGUGGAACCCUUAUGCUGAGGACCAGGCAGUUGACAGAGCUCACAGAAUUGGUCAGACCCAGCCUGUGACUGUCACUCGUUUUACUGUUAAUGACACAGUGGAAGAUCGCAUUUUAGCCCUCCAGGCGAAAAAGAGAGAGAUGGUGGAAUCCGCUUUCGGCGAGAAAUCUGGUGGCAUUGCAACUCGGCUCACCGUAGAAGAUCUCGGGUAUCUCUUCAACGUAUAGGGGCUGAUCACACUACCCUUGGAAUGCAUGGCUAGUUAGUUAUGCAAGUUCUUCUUGCACAAGUUUCCUGGCCAUCUGUAGUGUAGGUUUUAUCCCAGUUUUGCAGGCGCUGGAGGGUCAGAUAACUUAUCAUAGGCCCAGGUGCUGGAGCGAAGGAAAAUUUGGCACUUGAUAUGCGCCACGAUUAUUUUGAUUUUGAUGCUCCCAUUUGUACAUACUCUCUAGUUGAAAGAACAUGAUGUUUAGGCGUACCUUAGGCAAACGUCGGAACUUUGAUGAUGAUAUAUAUUUGUGUGCAGCUGCGGGCUGCCUGCUUGUUUUUA